AAUUCUUCAGUUCUACGAUAAAAUUUUCUUUUCAAACUUUUCUUUUAAAGAAAAAUCUUCAAAAAGUUAAAAUGAAUUUGCACCUUGCGAUUAUCCUCUUUGUGAGUUACUUCACACUGAUCACUGCUACGGAUCUAAUUGAAAAGGAACUUUCUGAUUGCAAAAAGAUCUUCAUCUCCAAGGCUGAGCUAACUUGGUUCCAAGCUCUCGAUUUCUGUACCGAACAAAACCUAACUUUGCUCUCAAUUAAAUCCGCCCGGGAAAAUGAUGAGGUGACUAAAGCAGUUCGAGCUGAGGUUCAUCUUCCAGACACAAAGAAGUCUCACAUUUGGCUCGGAGGUAUUCGUUAUGAUCAAGACAAGGAUUUCCGUUGGAUAAGCGAUGGAACAACUGUUACGAAGACAGUCUACAUCAAUUGGUACCAAGGAGAACCAAAUGGUGGGAGGUACCAAAAGGAAUUUUGUAUGGAAUUGUACUUUAAAACUCCAGCUGGUCAAUGGAAUGAUGAUAUUUGUACAGCAAAGCAUCAUUUUAUAUGUCAGGAGAAAAAAUAAAUUGAAUUGUUCAUGUGUCUUUGGCGGUGCGAAGGUAUAAUUCAGGUUGACGACAUAAAUUGAUUUUUCUUUCAUUAAGAAAAUAAAGGCUUGAAUUUAA